GUUUUCUUUGGUUUCAGUCUUGAUUUGAGAAAGUUUUACAUGCAUAAAUCUACAGAAAACCUACGCAGCCCUUAAUAUUAGCAUAAAAAAUGGAAACCAAUGGCCAUGGAAAAGAACACGACGAGUACCAGUACUUAAAGCUUGUCGAACAAGUCAUUAAAUCAGGGGAUAAACGAGUAGACCGCACAGGUGUGGGCACCUUGUCUACAUUUGGUGCUAUGCAGCGAUACUCCCUAAAAGACAACACACUGCCACUUCUGACCACCAAACGCGUCUUCACUCGAGGCGUUAUAGAAGAGUUGUUAUGGAUGAUAUCAGGUUCCACAGAUGCUAAGGCUUUGGCUGCUAAAGGUGUACAUAUCUGGGAUGCUAAUGGUUCUAGAGAGUUUCUAGACAACCUAGGAUUUACUGAUAGAAAGGAAGGUGAUCUUGGGCCAGUUUAUGGUUUCCAGUGGAGACAUAGUGGUGCAAAGUAUGUGGACGCCACCACUGAUUACACAGGGCAAGGCAUAGAUCAGCUUCAAAAUGUUAUUGAUACUUUGAAGAAAAACCCAGCUGAUCGCAGAAUGUUAAUGUGUGCAUGGAACCCAUCAGAUCUUGGACAAAUGGCAUUGCCACCAUGUCAUUGCCUUGCGCAGUUCCACGUGGCCAGUGGCAAGCUCUCCUGUCUACUGUACCAGCGGAGUGCAGACAUGGGCCUGGGUGUGCCAUUCAACAUAGCCAGCUACGCUCUGCUCACCCAUAUGAUAGCACAUAUUACUGGACUUGAGGCAGGUGAGUUUGUUCAUACAACGGGUGAUACUCAUGUGUACCUAAAUCACAUUGAGCCUCUUAAGAAACAGCUAGAGAGAGAGCCAAGACCGUUCCCUACCCUGGAGUUUGCUAGAAAAAUAGACUCCAUUGAUGACUUCAAAUAUGAAGAUUUUAUAAUCAAAGGAUACAACCCUCAUCCUAAAAUUGAUAUGGAAAUGGCUGUAUAGUUAUAGUUUUUAAAAAGGGGAGAGCAACCAGUGCCCAUUCACCACUGUAACCAAAAAGAUCUAUUGUGACUCCCCUGUUUUUGUGCUGAGUUUAAGAUUUGUAAUAAAAACUGAAUUCAGUAUUACAACCUUUAUUGAUGUUCGUAAAUAUAUACAGUAUAAAAUUA